GGACCGAGCCUGGGAGGCCGGCCGGCGCCAACACCUUUUGGCUUUUGGGGCGGCGGCGGCGGCGGCGGCGGCGGCGGCAGCGGCGUUCAGGUUCUAAAUGGCUUCUAAGAAGUUGGGUGCAGAUUUUCAUGGGACUUUCAGUUACCUUGAUGAUGUCCCAUUUAAGAUAGGAGACAAAUUCAAAACACCAGCUAAAGUUGGUCUACCUAUUGGCUUCUCCUUGCCUGAUUGUUUGCAGGUUGUCAGAGAAGUACAGUAUGACUUCUCCUUGGAAAAGAAAACCAUUGAAUGGGCUGAAGAUAUUAAGAAAAUCCAAGAAGCCCAGCGGGAAGCAGAGUGCAAGGCUGAGGAAGCUGAAGCUAAAGUGAAUUCUAAGAGUGGCCCAGAAGGUGAUAGCAAAAUGAUCUUCUCCAAGACUCACAGUAUAGCCACAAUGCCACCUCCUAUUAAUCCCAUCCUUGCUAGCUUGCAGCACAACAGCAUCCUCACCCCAACUCGGGUCAGCAGUAGUGCCACGAAACAGAAAGUUCUCAGCCCACCCCACACAAAGGCAGAUUUCAAUCCUGCUGACUUUGAGUGUGAAGAGGACCCAUUUGAUAAUCUGGAAUUAAAAACUAUCGAUGAAAAGGAAGAGCUGAGAAACAUUUUGGUAGGAACCACUGGACCCAUUAUGGCUCAGUUAUUGGACAAUAAUUUGCCCAGAGGAGGCUCCGGAUCUGUGUUACAGGAUGAGGAGGUCCUGGCAUCCUUGGAGCGGGUGACCCUAGAUUUCAAGCCUCUUCAUAAACCCAAUGGCUUUAUAACCUUACCACAGUUGGGCAACUGUGAAAAGAUGUCGCUGUCUUCCAAAGUGUCCCUACCCCCUGUCCCUGCAGUAAGCAAUAUCAAAUCUCUGUCCUUCCCCAAACUUGACUCUGAUGACAGCAAUCAGCAGACAGCCAAGCUAGCAAGCACUUUCCAUAGCACAUCCUGCCUCCGCAAUGGCACGUUCCAGAAUUCCCUAAAGCCUUCUACCCAAAGCAGUGCCAGUGAGCUCAAUGGGAAUCAUACUCUUGGGCUUUCAGCUUUGAACUUGGACAGUGGCACAGAAGUGCCAACCCUGACAUCCUCCCAGAUGCCUUCCCUCUCUGUCUUGUCUGUGUGCACAGAAGAAUCGUCACCUCAACAUACAGGUCCCACAGUCACCCCUCCUACUUUCUCAAUGUCACAAGUGCCCAACAUGCCCAGCUGUCCCCAGGCCUAUUCUGAACUGCAGACGCUGUCCCCCAGUGAGCGGCAGUGUGUGGAGACAGUGGUCAACAUGGGCUACUCAUAUGAGUGUGUCCUGAGAGCCAUGAAGAAGAAAGGAGAGAAUAUUGAGCAGAUUCUCGACUAUCUCUUUGCACAUGGACAGCUUUGUGAGAAAGGCUUCGACCCUCUUUUAGUGGAAGAGGCUCUGGAAAUGCACCAGUGCUCAGAAGAAAAGAUGAUGGAGUUUCUUCAUUUAAUGAGCAAAUUUAAGGAAAUGGGCUUUGAACUGAAAGACAUUAAGGAAGUUUUGCUAUUACACAACAAUGACCAGGACAAUGCUUUGGAAGACCUCAUGGCUCGGGCAGGAGCUAGCUGAGACCAGGCGCUGCCUAGGCCCUGCUGUGGAACCACCACACCCAGGAGGCCCUGCAGAGCCCGCCUAUGGAGGAGAAGGGGCACACUCCCGGAUUUUUUUUUUUAGGAGCCAACGGUUAGGUGUGGAGACUGUGCUUUCCCAUCUCUAUGAGCCUAGGCUCUGAGCUGGGGAGAAAUUGAGGAAGAUUUGGGCAUGUGAAUGCCCCUAGAACUGUCCUGGCUCCUUCCAUAUUAAAUAUAUUUGUAUUUUGAGAAGUGUCCUUUUCACCCUUGGCCCUCCAGGGAGACUGUCCUAGUCUUUCUGGGGUCUCUACGUUCUCAGCUGAAACCCUGCCUGGCUGCCAAGAGGAGUCAGGGAGAAGGGGUGGGAGGGCCAGAUUCAGUGCUGCUUUGAGGCUAGAUGCUUCCUCCUCUUCCCUCACACUGGUGGACUGAACUCUAAUCCAAGUUGAGUGCAAGUGAAAGGUUCUUCCAGGGUUUUAUCUCCCCCCCCCCCCUUUUAACAAAGUCUCUUAGUGUUACACUGGUUCUGCAAUGUCUCUGAGGUGCAAAGAAUGUGCUUUUCCCCAUGGGGCCCAGAGUUUGCCUCUUCUGCCAGGCAGUCACCAUGCUUCCCUGCCCCAGCCUGGUUCUUUUGGCUUGGUUUGGACCACAGUCCUCUGCUACCCUGGGCUUCUAGAGCCCAUCCUCUAGGAAACAGUCAUCAGUUUAAUAAAUCAUUGGCUCUUUCCCAGCACAAUGGAUGGAUGAAAAAACAGGCCACUUACCCAGCACUUACCCCACCUCUGUUCUUGAACGGCGUCUCCAUCCAGCCCACUGCUUAGGAUGACACAAUGAGUAAUACUUAGUCAUAGAAAUCAGUCUCUUUAGUUUGUUUUGUAUUAUGUUGUACAACAUUAAAGAUCUAAACACAAAGGAUAUACAGUCUUGAUGAAUCUAAAAUAAUUUGCUAACUAUUUUGAUUCUUCAGAGAUAACUACUAAUAAAAAUCUAAAAAGUA